GGAGGGGUGAGGGGCUGUGGUGGGGAACGCGGCUCGCUAAUUAAGGUCGUUGAGACUGGUGGCUAGCCUGCUCCGACUCAAUCCCGCGCUCGCCGACGGGCGUCAGGAAAUUUUUGGGCGCGCGACCAACAUUGCUACCACCAUCGCAGUCAACAACAGCAUGGCCGAACCGGAUGCAAAAGCACCGCCUACUGGCGAGGCUUCUGCCGGACCCAAGAAACCUGAGAAGCCUCCGAAUCCUGUCUGGAGGAUGAUGGGCCUGCCAAACCUCCGCUUGAGGCUCCCCUCGCGCAAUUGGAUGAUAUUUCUCUCGAUUACCGGAUCAUGGACUGCGGCAGUCAUGUACGACCGUCGCCAGAAAAAGCGCAUACAACAGAAAUGGGCAACAGUUGUCGAGCACAUUGCACACGAGCCGUUGGACGUACACCAGCUGCCUCGGAAACUCACGAUAUUCCUGUCUGCACCGCCAGCAGAUGGAAUAGUACCCGCACGCGAUCACUUCCAUGAAUAUGUCAAGCCCAUUCUCGUUGCAGCGGCGCUGGACUGGGACGCGGUAGAGGGCCGAAGGGAAGGAGAUGUAAGAGCUGGGUUAGCAGAGCGAAUACGGAAGCUGAGAAAGAAGAGGGGCGAGGCGACUGCUGAACCGCUGGAACCAGGACUCGAGGAGGAGUUGGAAGGUCUAAGGCAACGAGCAGGCGUCAAUGGGUGGAAUGGACCGGGAGGAGACAUCGUCAUUGGAAGACACACAUGGAAAGAAUAUGUUCGAGGACUGCAUGAGGGUUGGCUAGGACCUCUAGAUGCUCCACCAUCAGCAGAACCGUCUGUCGAGGUACCGGUCGCUGCGGUCGAACCCACACCUGUGUCCACCGAAACGUCCACUGACGGCACCACAUCUGCUACGGCCGAUGAUGCGUCACCCACCGCUACCGAAGCUCCCAAACCAGAAGAUGCCGAGAAGCCUAAAGAGGAGGAGACGAAACCCAAGAAGAAGAAGAAGCAACCGCCACCAUACAUCUCAACAGCCGAAUACCAAAACGCCGUGCUCUCCCAAAACUGCCCACAAGCACUCGGCCCCGCCGCCGUAGUACCUCUCCCCCACCUCCUUGGAUUCUUUAACUUUCCCAUCCGUAUGUACCGUUUCUUGAACAGGCGACAAGCGGCGGAUGUCAUUGGCAGGGAAACUGCCGCUGCUGUCCUUGGUGCAUACCGACCAUUUGAGACUGCAGGCGAAGCGCCUGUCACAAACGAGGAAGAUGGACACAGUAACGCACAAUGGGAGCAACAACGAUUGCUCUCUCACGAAGAGCCAGAUUGGUCCAAGACUGCACGAAAGCGUGAAGAAGGUGAGACCAAGGAGAGGGUAUGGCUAGACGAAAUGGUGCUGGACCCGAGAAUUGCUGAGCGCAUGCGAAAGUUUGCACUAGAUGCUGAGGUUGAAGCGCGCGCAAAUAGCGUGUCUCUCCCAUCAGAAGGAUCAUGGUUCAGCUCGCUGUGGCCGAAGGAGAAGCCCAAGGGUGCUUGGGAAGGAUUGAGCGACGAUUAAAGACCUGUAGAUACCCAUCUCACCUUCUAGCAUGUGUUAUAUAGUAGUGGGGUGUAAGAGUAGACGUGUACAUGACAACAUUCGGCGGCUUGUAUAAGACCUCAACAAGUCAGAUAUCAACAUGCAAUCUUUCUUUCUUCCUUCCUUGGGCGGGUUGCAACAGUGCAUACCAAAAGUUGGUGGUAGCAGCUUGGCACUGACCAGGCGGCUGACUGCCCCGCCAAUUGCCCGAAGGAACCUUGGAA